UUACUCCCUCCCCAGCAUCCCCAACAAACACCCAAUCAGCAAGCCCCACCCUAUCUGAUAACUCCUCAAAGGCCAGUCCAGUUUCCACCUAUCCCCACACACCAUAACUCCACUAAACACCCACUUUCCUUGGCCUUUGUCUCCUCUCAAAUCUCCCCAUCUUUUCUUCUUUUCCUUUGCUGUGCCUCACACUCCUUUUCUCUUGAGUUAGUCCAGAUUUUAGGAAAGAGAAAAAAAAAAAAAAUGAUUCAAGAGCUGUUGGGUGGAGCAUUGGAGGAGAGGAAGAUCUCCAUCCCAGGAAGCCUUCUAAUUGAUCCAUCAUCUUCCUCCUCUUCCUCAACUUCCAUUUCCUCCACAUCUCUUUCUUCGAACUCGUCCUCACCAUCGACCACCUCGGAGCCACAACAGAACCUGAGGUGCCCCCGGUGUGACUCCUCCAACACCAAAUUCUGCUACUACAACAACUAUAACCUCACCCAGCCCCGCCACUUCUGCAAGACCUGCCGCCGCUACUGGACCAAGGGCGGCGCCCUCCGCAAUGUCCCCAUUGGCGGCGGAUGCCGCAAGGCCAAGGCUGCCCCAGCCAUCGCUGCGGGGGGCACCAAAUUUGGUGCUACCAAGGCAAAACCUGCAUCAACUGACCUCUUGGCAAGGUCAGGAAUUGGUGGAGGGCUUGAACAUGAGCUCCCAUCAGGUCCGAUCCUUUGGGCUUCACCACACACUUCACACUUGAUGGCUUUGCUCCGAGCCACCAGUGUCCAAAACCCUAACCCUAACACUCAUUCAAGCCCCACACUCAAUUCUGUGAGGAUUAAGGAGGAUGGAGCUAUGAUCGGCACAUGCUUGGCGGCCGACAAAGUUAGCAUUUUACAGUCACAAGGCCUGAGCUUGGACCCUUUGGGUCAGCUUCCGAUAUCAUCGAACGGCGCCUUGUGGAGGAAUAGCAACCAGUAUGCAUAUCAACAACAGCCACAGCCACAGCAGAUGCAACAACAUAGCAGCAUGUUUUUGGGCGAAAUGCCGAGCUCCGGGAUCCAAGAGCUGUACCAAAGAAUCAAAUCAUCGGCAAAUUACUGUAAUGAUCAGCUGCAGGCAGUCAUGAGCAACGUGGGUUGUUUGGAUUCUACUAGUUCUUCUGCUACAACAACAAUGACAACAACUAUGGGUACUAGUACAGCCACUUCGAUCUUGGAGCCGAUUCCUCUCUCUGCUGGAGGUGAAUUCAAUUACUGGAACCCAGCACUUAAUUGGUCUGAUCUGCCUACAACUAAUGGUUCAUUUCCUUAGAGAUAGUUCUACUCAUACCUAUCUUAGAUUAGUGGCUUUUGUUCAUGGGGUUGUUUUGAUAUUUGGGUUAUGAAUUAUAACACGAGUGUAUUAGUCCUUGGUCUGUCUCUGAAGAACUUUUUGUUGUUGGUUGUGUUUUUCAGUAGUUAUAUGUGUGUUUUCAUUUGUGGAAAUGUAUUGAUCAUCAAGAUCAAUUAAGUUAAAGAUAGUGUUUUCUGCAUCA